AUGCAUAAACCUGAGGCGCCGAUGACCGGCUCGCAGAUGUCGACAACAGGCAGGAAUAAUUACCGGUCUGUAAGUCAGCCGUACCAGGAGUGGAAGGCCCAAUUUUCGCAGAAUUACCGGCGAGACCGCCCUCCAGACCGGUCUCCGAACAGUGUCAAACCUCACAAACGCCCUAAUUUCGUUAUCGAGCUUUGUUCUGAUAGUCGGAGUUCUAGAAAGGCCGAUGUGGAGAAUUUGAUCUCGAAAUUCAAGUAUCAACCCCAGAAUUCUUUUGUUUAUGAUACGGGUUUCAGAGCUGGGACCUUGUGUUACCAGCAAUGGAGUGAAGCGCUUGCGACAAUGGUUUCUUUAUGGGAAACAAGACUUGACGGUGGGCACUUGUUGACGCCGAGGCUUACACCGAAUGUUCGUGUACCGUCCGACUUGGAUGAGCUUAGGGAUCGACUGAAAACGCUGUUUAUAGAGCGAGUGAAGGGGUUUAUGGAAGGAAAUGUCGUUGAGAAUUGGCAAAAAAAGCUCCGGGCUGUGACGGAUGAGAUUGAUAAAGUGUCGGCGAUGGUAAGGAAGCCAAACAAACUGAGUAAGUGCAAUGAACUUCUGAAGAAGCAAGGAGGGCUCGUGUCCGAGAGGGAUUUGAUUGCGAAGAGGAUUGAGGAGUUUAUGUCUGGGAUGAAUUGUAUACUUAGGCAUUUGGAGGGGAAGGUGGAGGAGGAGGUGGAGGUAUUUAGGUUCGGUGGCGAGUUUGAUUGGGGGAAAAUUCACGGUCUCAUGAUGAGGGAGUGUCGAAGACUGGAUGAUGGGUUGCCGAUUUAUGCGUCCCGACAGGAGAUUCUUACACAAGUACACUGCCAGCAGAUAAUGGUGUUGAUUGGGGAGACUGGUUCAGGGAAGAGUACACAGUUGGUUCAGUUCCUUGCUGAUUCAGGAGUGGCUGGAAAUGAGUCUAUAAUAUGCACUCAGCCCCGCAAGCUUGCUGCCAUCUCAUUGGCACAAAGGGUUAAAGAGGAAAGUUUUGGAUGCUAUCAAGAUACUUCAAUCAUCUGUUAUCCAACAUAUUCCUCUGCUCAGCAGUUUGAUUCCAAGGUAAUAUAUAUGACAGACCACUGCUUACUGCAGCACUACAUGAAUGAUAAGAGUUUAUCCGGGAUUUCGUGCAUCAUUGUUGAUGAGGCACAUGAAAGAAGCAUAAAUACUGAUAUUCUUUUAGCGUUGCUUAAAAAGUUACUUUGUCGGAGGCUUGAUCUGAGGCUUAUCAUAAUGUCUGCGACAGCAGAUGCAAAGCAGCUUGCUGAGUUCUUUUUUGGUUGUGGCACCUUCAAUGUGGUGGGCAGAAAUUUUCCGGUUGAUAUCAGAUAUGUCCCUUCUGUGUCUGAAAGUGGUGCUGGUUCUGGUAUCGUGGCUUCAUAUGCUUCUGAUGUAGUCAGGAUGGUAACAGAAAUCCAUAGAACUGAGAGAGAAGGGACUAUACUUGCCUUCUUGACUUCUCAGAUGGAAGUAGAGUGGGCUUGUGAGAAUUUCCAGGCUCCCUCUGCAGUUCCAUUAGUUUUACAUGGAAAACUAUCUCAUGAAGAUCAACUUCGAGUUUUCCUCAAUUACCCAAGAAAAAGGAAAGUUAUAUUUACCACAAAUCUUGCUGAGACAUCAUUAACAAUUCCAGGGGUUAAGUAUGUGGUUGAUUCUGGAAUGGUGAAAGAGUGCAGGUUUGAACCUGGCACCGGAAUGAAUGUCCUCAAAGUUUGCUGGAUUAGUCAGAGUUCUGCUAAUCAAAGGGCUGGCCGUGCUGGGAGAACUGAGCCCGGGACAUGUUAUAGGCUCUACUCGGAAGAUGAUUUUCAGCUGAUGACUCCUCAUCAGGAACCUGAGAUUCGUAGGGUUCAUCUUGGUGUUGCGGUUCUGAGGAUUCUUGCAUUGGGCAUCACAAAUGUCCUGGGUUUUGAUUUUGUUGACGCACCUAGUGCAAAAGCUAUUGAGAUGGCCAUCAGGAAUCUUAUUCAGUUAGGUGCUGUUAAAUUGAAAAAUGAUGUUUAUGAAUUAACCAAGGACGGAUGGAAUUUAGUUAGAUUGGGUAUUGAACCUCGGCUUGGUAAAAUAAUUCUGAAAUGCUAUGACCAUCAGUUAGGAAAAGAGGGAGUUGUUCUUGCUGCUGUUAUGGCCAAUGCCAGUAGCAUAUUCUGCAGAGUAGGUAAUGAAGAAGACAAGCUAAAAUCUGAUUGCCUCAAGGUGCAAUUUUGCCACCGUAAUGGUGAUCUGUUCACUUUGCUCUCUGUCUACAAGGAGUGGGAGGGUGUGCCUCUAGAUAGGAGGAAUAAGUGGUGUUGGGAGAAUAGCAUCAAUGCCAAAUCCAUGCGGAGAUGCCAAGAUAUGGUCCAAGAACUGGUUUCUUGUCUUCAAAAUGAACUUAAUAUCAUUAUUCCUACUUACUGGUAUUGGAACCCAUUGGUGCAUUCCGAGCAUGAUAGAACAUUGCAAAAUGUUAUCCUCUCAUGCCUUGCUGAAAAUGUUGCUCUGUACUCUGGAUAUGAUCACCUAGGUUAUGAAGUAGCGGCAACUGGAAAACAUGUUCAGCUACAUCCUUCAUGUUCUCUGUUAAUCUUCAGUCAAAGACCUGGUUGGGUAGUUUUUGGUGAAAUCCUCUCAAUAUCUAACCAAUAUUUAGUCUGUGUAACUGCUUUUGACUUUGACACUCUGUCUACCCUUUCCCCGCCUCCUUCGUUUGAUGUCUUUAAGAUGGAUAAUCGGAGGUUGCAAGCUAGGGUUUUGACUGUUAUUGGCCGUAUGCAACUGAAAAAGCUCUGUGGGAGGUAUAGGACUGGCCUGCUUCAUCUCGUCUCACAUGUGAGAACGGUUUGUAUGGAUGAAAGGAUUGGCAUUGAAGUUAAUGUUGAUCCGAAUGAAGUUAGGGUAUUUGCCUCUUCACAAGACAUGGAGAAGGUUUGUAGCCUUGUACAUGAUGCAUUGGAGUGUGAAAGAAAAUGGUUGCAGAAUGAAUGUCUGGAGAAAUACUUGUAUCAUGGCGGACUUGGUGUCUUGCCUUCUAUAGCUCUGUUUGGAGCUGGUGCCGAGAUUAAGCAUCUGGAGCUUGAAAAAAAAUACUUGACUGUUGAUGUAUAUCUUUCGGGUGUAACUGCUGUUGAUGAUAAAGAGCUUGUGAUGUUUCUGGAGAGAAGCACCUUGAGUAGUAUUUGUGCGUUGCAAAAGUUCACAGGCAUUGGACAGGAUAGAGGGGACAAGGAGAAGUGGGGAAGAGUAACAUUUCUGACACCUGAUGCUGCUAAGAAAUCUACUGAGAUGAAUCCUGUUGAAUUCGGUGGUGCCUCACUGAAGAUAGUUCCUUCACAGGGCACUCAUGGAGGCGAUCAUAAAAUGUUAUCCUUUUCUGCUGUCAAAGCCAGAGUUUAUUGGCCUCGUAGGUACAGUAAGGGAUUAGCAAUUCUGAAGUGUGAUCUGCAGGAUGUUAAUUUCAUGGUUGAUGAUCUCUCCAACUUGCUAAUUGGGGGAAAAUAUCUGCGCUGUGAAGUUAGCAAAAAGUACAAUGACAGUGUUGUAGUAUAUGGACUAGAUAGGGAACUUUCUGAAGCUGAAAUUUUUGAGGUAUUAAGGACUGCAACAAACAGGAACAUCAAGGAUUUUUUCUUGGUGAGAGGAGAAGCUGUAGAUAAGCCUCCACAUGAUGCUUGUGAAGAAGCACUUCUCAAAGAAAUUUCAUCCUUCAUGCCUAAAGGGAAUCUUCUGGGUAAUUGUAUCCAGGUCCAGGUCUUCCCACCAGAACCGAAGGAUUCUUUCAUGAAAGCCUUGAUCAUGUUUGAUGGAAGUCUACACUUGGAGGCUGCAAAAGCUUUGGAGCAACUUGAAGGGAAAGUAUUGCCUGGAUGUCUAAUGUGGCAGAAGAUAAAGUGCCAGCAGAUGUUUCAUAGCUCGGUAUCAUGCCCUGCUCCUGUCUAUUCUGUUAUUAGGGAGCAGCUACAUUCUUUACUUACAAGCCUCCGGCAUCGAAAAGGUGCAGAGUGCAAUCUUGACAGGACGGAGAAUGGUUCCUAUCGUGUGAGGAUAUCUGCCAAUGCUACAAAAACUGUGGCUGAAUUGAGAUCACCUUUAGAGCAGCUCAUGAAAGGCAACAUCAUAGACCAUGCCGGUCUCACUCCCACAGUUCUACAAGUUCUAUUUUCCAGAGAUGGGAUCGGGCUCAUGAAGUCAAUUCAGCAAGAUACUGGAACUUUUAUUCUUUUUGACAGGCAUAACCUCAAUUUAAGGGUCUUCGGUUCUUCAAACAAGAUUAACAUGGCACAGCAAAGAUUAGUUCAAUCCCUUCUCGCAAUGCAUGAAAAUAAGCAACUUGAAAUCUAUCUUCGAGGUGGAGUUCUGCCUCCUGAUCUCAUGAAGGAAGUGGUUGCAAAGUUUGGUCCAGAUCUUCACGGGCUCAAAGAGAGGGUUCCUGAUGCAGAAUUCACUCUAAAUACCCGGCGACAUAUCAUCUCUGUUCAUGGUAGCAAGGAGUUGAAACAAAAAGUGGAAGCUAUACUGUACGAGGUGGCACAGACAUGUGGCUCACCGGCUCAGAGUGUCGAUGUUGAAACUGCCUGUCCUAUUUGCUUGUGUGAACUGGAGGAUGGUUACCGACUUGAAGACUGUGGACAUGAGUUCUGUCGGUUGUGCUUAGUGGAGCAGUGCGAGUCUGCAAUCAGAAGCCAGGGAGGUUUUCCUAUGCGUUGUACCCAUCAGGGUUGUGGUGCUCUUAUUUUGCUCGCUGACUUGAGAUCACUUUUGUCGAGUGAGAAGCUGGAGGAACUUUUCCGGGCUUCAUUAGGGGCAUUUGUGGCCGCAAGUGGGGGCACUUACAGGUUUUGUCCAUCGCCUGACUGUCCUUCAGUUUAUAGAGUGGCUGAUUCAGGGACCGAUGGUACGCCAUUUCUCUGUGGUGCAUGUUAUGCUGAGACGUGUACUCGGUGUCACAUGGAGUAUCAUCCAUACCUAUCGUGCGAGAAGUACCGGGAGUUCAAGGAAGAUCCAGAUUCCUCUCUGAAGGAGUGGUGCCAUGGGAAAGAGCAUGUAAAGAAGUGUCCUAUCUGUGGGUUUACGAUUGAGAAGGUGGAUGGGUGCAACCAUGUCCAAUGCAAGUGUGGACGGCACAUUUGCUGGGCCUGCUUGGAGUUCUUUGACAGCAGUGAUGAUUGCUAUAGCCAUUUAAGGUCCGUACACCUUGCUAUUAUUUAGAUCUGAAGUAGCGUACUGGAAUAAAGACUUGUACAUAUAGUUCUUAUUUAGGUGUGUGUGUACAUAUAGAUAUCUAUCGGAUGUAUAUAUUAGAACAUGUACACAGAACAGCUUACAAGUAGGUGCGGAGAGAGUUAUCUCUGCGCAUAUGUUCAGUGAAUGCAGUUAAGUGCUCUCUCUCUCUCUCUCUCUCU